CGGAUCCGGCACCAAAACGCCGGUCUGCAAGGUCCUCUGCGCGCUGCAGCCACGAGCUGCCGCCACCGCCGGGUCUCGCUCGGUGAGUGACUGUGUCCCUUCCCCGCUCGCCUGCCCCGAGGUGACUGGGGAUUUGCUCCGAGGAGCUCAGGUGUUCGGAGGCGGUGCUGCUCAUGGCCCGACCGGAGAGACGAUUGAGGGCGCCUGACCGGCUGGACGGGUACCCGACUCAGUGGCUGCUCUCUUCAGGAUCCCUGAAAGAUUUGAGUGCGCAGAGGCCUGUCGCCAGCCUGCACAAGACAAGCAAUUCAUGGAGGAAAUGCUGAGAAGUAGGCACUCAUCUCAAGCUUAAGCACCUUGAAUAAGUAUGGAUACCUCUCCUGUGCUGAGAGAGCACUACUUUUUUAGGUGACAUGGUUAUGACCACUGUUGACUUGGCGAUAUCCCUGAGGACCUAGGUCCCAGACAACAGGACAAACAACUCCGCAUGCUUCUUGAUGCCUUGCACUCAGUCCAGGUGCAACAAUGCCCUCGAGAAGUAACUGGCACCUGGAGACACUCAUGUUUCAGUAAUCAGGAAGCAUCCCUAUCGCCACUUCAUGAUCCAGGGGUCUGUGGCUCAGUGAAGUUCCCAAGGUGUACAGCAUGACCUUGCUGCUCCUGGGCGCGGUGCUGCUGGUGGCCCAGCCCCAGCUUGUGCCUUCCCAUCCGGCAGUUCCCGGUCCUGGGCCCAGACAGCAGGAGCUUCUGCGGAAGGUGGGUACCCUCCAGGAGGACAUCCAAGAAGGUGCAGCGGCCAAUGGUUCCACACAGCAGCUACCACAGACCAUCAUCAUUGGGGUGCGCAAGGGUGGCACCCGAGCAUUGUUGGAGAUGCUCAGCCUGCAUCCGGAUGUGGCGGCGGCUGAGAAUGAGGUCCAUUUCUUUGACUGGGAGGAGCAUUACAGUCAAGGCCUGGGCUGGUACCUAACCCAGAUGCCCUUCUCCUCCCCGAACCAGCUCACCGUGGAGAAGACACCCGCCUACUUCACAUCGCCCAAAGUGCCUGAGAGAAUCCAUAGCAUGAACCCCGCCAUCCGCCUGCUGCUCAUCCUGAGGGACCCUUCGGAGCGCGUGCUGUCUGACUACACCCAGGUGUUGUACAACCACCUUCAGAAGCACAAGCCCUACCCGCCCAUCGAAGACCUCCUGGUGAGGGACGGCCGGCUCAACUUAGACUACAAGGCUCUCAACCGCAGCCUGUACCAUGCACACAUGCUGAAUUGGCUGCGUUUCUUCCCACUGGGCCACAUCCACAUUGUGGAUGGUGACCGCCUCAUCAGAGACCCUUUCCCUGAGAUCCAGAAGGUCGAAAGGUUCCUGAAGCUGUCGCCGCAGAUCAACGCCUCGAACUUCUACUUUAACAAAACCAAGGGCUUCUACUGCCUGAGGGACAGCGGCAAGGACCGCUGCUUACACGAGUCCAAAGGUCGGGCGCACCCCCAAGUGGAUCCCAAAUUGCUCGAUAAACUGCACGAAUAUUUUCAUGAGCCAAAUAAGAAAUUCUUCGAGCUCGUGGGAAGGACAUUCGACUGGCAUUGAUUUGCCAUCAGUUAGGCUCGGGACUUUCCCUGUUGUAACUUCUGGUGUACAUCUGAGGGCGGGGUGGGGAAAGAAUUUUAAAAAGGCGUUUAAGCUAUAAUUUAUUUGUAAAACCCACAAAGGACUUCUGUACAGUAUUAGAUUCACAGUUGCCAUAUAUAGUAGUUAUAUUUUUCUACUUGUUAAAUGGAGGGUGUUUUGUAUUGUUUUACAUGGUUGUUAACAUUGUGUAUAUGUCUCUAUAAUAUGAAGGAACUUAACUAUUGCACUGAAAAAAAAUUCUGAAGACGUCUUUUUUUUUUUAAUAUAAUUAACUUGCCUCCAAUCCAAAUAGCUGUCUGUUUGCACCCUUCUUGUCAAAUCUAUAUUCUUUUUCUGUUUAAAUUUUUUUAUUUGUAGUAUAGAUUUCUCUGCGUUCUGAAUUUGUUCUUUUAAUUUUUAAUGUCUCGCUGUGGUCAUCAGAUCAAGUUUCUACUUGCACUUUAAAUUUCCUCUUCACGGAGAGUCUCUUAUUUUUGGAAGUGACAGCUAUAUCCAUUCUCAGGUCAGCCUGCAUAUGGGUCUAACACCUGCGGCCCUCAUGUUGGUCUAACCCCUGUAGCCUGCAUGUGGGCCUAGCCUCUGUAGCCUGCAUAUGGGUCAAACCCCUGCAGCCUUUAUAUGGAUCUAACCUCUGCAGCUUGCAUGUAGAUUUAGCUCAUAUGAGUUUCAAGUGCAUAAGAUGGUACUGAGGACAGAAACACAGUUGAUAACUGCAAAGAAAUUCCCUAAGAUCCAAUUUCGUCUCGGAGGAUAUCUAUGUAUACCUCUGAUCUCAGCAAUGGGUGAAACCCCUAAUAAUAAGCAAGAUAACACCCUUGGAUUUCAAGAUGAAAGGCUAUAAACUUUGCCUUUUGGAGACAUUGGUUUCUGAAUAUCUACUUAAUAGAGAGAAGGAAACAGGCAAAGUCUCUUGGUGUGUGUCUGUCCAUUCUGUAGCUUGCAGGAGAAGCAGAGUAAGGGGUAGCCUCUGCUCACUCUGCCUGGCAUUUGUUUCCUGGGAGAUCAGUAUGCACCUAUGAUCUUCUAUUUUAUACUUAAAGACAUAUAAACAUGUAUGCUUCAAAUUCAGUUCCAACUUUAAAGACCUGGGUAGGAAAGAAAAUUGAAACUCCCAAGGGCUGAAGUUAAGCCAUGGAAAAGUCACAGCAGAAAGCCUGUGCAUCUGCGCACUUCAGUAAGAGUUUCGCUUCUCCCCAGAACAGCCUUUUAGCAGAAGCUGCUCACAACAGCCGGUUCUAAGCCUCUGGAUUGCCGUGCGCUUCUUGUGCAUACCUGUCAAUCAGCCUUUAAAUUAAACAAAGUAGACCCUUUCCGUAAGAAAGUCGCAUGUGGUCAUUACAGUAGGAGGGCAUACUCACCACCAGUAUGAAACCAUUUCCUGACAGUCUGUUCGGAAGGAAUGAAACACCAAUAGGCGCUAUUGAUUGUAUUCUCUAUCUAAUGCUCUCUGAAACUUCCUCCAAGCAAACUCAAGAUGAAGGGGUUAUUCUGGCAAGUUCAAAGACUAGAGAAUAAGCCCACAAGCCCGGGGGACUUGCUGAAGGUCAGUCACACUGUCAGGUUCUGAGCCCAGUUGUAGCCAAUGCAGGAGCAACCUGGUUCUCAUUUAUUUACUUCUACCCGGCUCUUUCUGAACUCUAAAGACAUAGCUCAAACUCAGAGGAAAUGUUUUUCUGACUUGACCUGACAUGUCUUUCCUGGUGCCAAAAGUCUUCCGCCCUAAGAGCAGUGUUUGAGCUAAAGGAAGAGAAAGGGGGAAACAAAAUAUUUCUCUUCUGAGGGAAAUGAGUCACGUUGGGUGUGCUAGUGGUCCCAACCUGACCCGACCGUUGUCUGGCCCACACCCCAUUCCUGACUAGGCUCUAUCAGCACAGAGGAUGCUCUCCUCUUCGGGACCCAUUAGGGUUGUCAUUCAACCAUUGCCUCCUCAGAAAGAGUAUUUAUAGCCGAUCUCUAUAGACUUUGUGAUAUGCAGGGCGCUUCCCUCUGCAGCGUAUCCUUGGGAUUUUAUGCCAUUUAACCUGAAGAAUGAGAGCACCCACAAAGGUUAAAUUAAGUUUCCAAAGCUGCCCGGCGAUGUUGUGAAUGAAAGGAGACACUAGUAGGAAUCCCUAGUGCCCAAGAAGAUGCCUGGGUGGAGAUGCUAUGAUUGGAGCCUGGUCUGCUACAUACAGGGGUGCUGGUUAGGAAUGCAGAAAGUUGGAACUGGUACCAGGGCUAAGUUUCAGCUGUUAGAACUAGCAUAGCUGAUGACGUGAGGUAACACACUGUAAGAUAUUAGUAAAUGUAAAUUCUUUUAAUUGCUUUGCUGGGGCACAAAAUAUUGACUUGGGGAAUCAUAUUCCUGCAUACCACCAGGGAAGAUACCAGGGCCCCAGUGGGUUAUCAGUACAUUCUAAGGAGCAAGGAAACAUCACUUCCUACUUUGCUCCAGGUAUCAUUCAAGCCUUCAGAGGAUGAUGCAAUGGACCCAUGGCCAUUCCUGUCAGAGCAAAAUGCAGUGAGGCAGGAGUCAAAUGGUAUUUGGUUCCUCGUAACUGUAUUGCAUGCCAAUCCUAUUAACAAAGACAGUAUCCUGAUGGGAGUUGUAGGUUCCUGCUCCAGCCAGGUCACAGUCACCUGAGAGUUCCAGAGAGGCAGCUGAGAUCUGUGGAGUCAAGCAUCACCUAUGGGGUUGGAUUCACACCUUCUUUGUUAUUCCAGAGUAAGAAUAGCAUCCAUAUUCCCUCCUUCAGGAAUCACGCAGUGUUAAAAUCCUGUUGAUAUGUGACUAUCAGUUAGUAGCCUGGAAAUUGAUUAGUUUAGGAAAAACUAUGAUAGGCAUCUGAGCUCAGGCUCCCUUGUUCUUUCUAUUCUCAGGAGAAGAGACAUGAGGGGUAGAAUAGGCCAGUGUCCAUCAUGUCUGUUGCUUAGAGAUGUGGGCACAAAGGUCAUUCUAUUUAUUAGAAUGACCUUUUUCUUAGUUCUAUUAUGUAGCAAGUGUGGUGUUAAUUCUUUAAAAGAAUAAAAAGAAAAUCCAGAGGAAAUAAUAGUCAUUGACUGUAUGGGGUUUUAAUAAGAACCAAAGUGUUAAGAAGGCAAGAGAAAGGGUCUUGAGUUGUGUACAGAUGGAACAGGACAAUAAGUUUGGCAUCAACUCAGCCACAUCCAUAGAAGUAAUCUGCUAGCCCACAUGAAAAGAAUGAAUGAGGAAUGAGAUAUGAGAUUUUCCUGAUUUUCAAUCCUUUCCUUCAUUCUUUUUUAGAAGGAAGAAAAAAUAUUACCUAAAGUUUGCAUUAGAGGUGUGGCAAAGCCACUUAAUUCAAGGAUCACAAAGACCCUGGCCUUUUGUAGGAAGACUUUGUGGAGGAAUUGCCCUGGAGCCAGAAAAUGAAAGCCAUUGAUGUUACCAAAGGGGAAAAUCCCACAUAAGGACAUCUCUUGAAUCAGAAAGUAGUGAUGGAGAAGGGAAAGGAGGUGGGAAAAGCACAGGAAAAGUCCUGUCUAACAAGUGGGUAGCUUGGAUUAAACACAUUAAACAACCAAGACAUAUCAGCCACCUAUAGCCACUGAAGCUAGUUUCCAAGAUGGAGGUGCUGAACACCUCACAGCCCCCCCCAUAUGCCUUUGACUCCUGUAUAGGUUUAUUGAUUACAUAAGAAUAACCAUCAUACUUACUAUGUGCUUGGUAUCUUAAAUAAAUUGCUUCUAACCUACAUGCAAACUCUGAGAGAUAAGAAAUAGUGCCCUAGUUUCAUAAAGAAGAAAUUCAAGAUCAGAGAUUAAAGGGCUUUCCUGUGAUGAAAGAGAAAGUUUUUAGUUCAUUUGCAUGUUUUUUAUAGUGUCCUAAAUCUAAUCAAUUUCCAUCCAACUCGUGGUGAGUAAAGGGAAGAAGUAAUACACAGACACCUGUCAAGAUGACGACAUCUAACACAGAAGUUAUAGGGUAUGAGGUUGGACACAGGAUGACACUGGAAAGUCACCUGGCAUAGAACCACACGUGAAGGAUGUCUUAAGGUGUGUUGCAACCAACAGAAAUUAAAAGGAAAAAAUAAAUCACUGAGCAUGAGAUAAAGGGCAGAAGUAGCCUUGAAUCUUCAGGUCACACUGGGGCCAAAAGAGCUCCAUUUUCCUCAAAUUCUACAGUUAGGUAAAAAGAAAGAAGAAGCAAUUAUACUAAGGAGACCUGGAUGUAGAUUCAUUUUGGGCCAUGUGACCUUCAGCUCAAAUUUUCAGAGCCUUAAUUUCUUUUUUGGUGAAAAUGGGUUAAUGUUUCACUCAGUUUGGGGGAAAAAUCAAUGAGAUGAAUUGGCAAGCCCAUCAAGCUGGUGCACACGUAUGGCUUAAUGGGGAACAAGGCUAAGGGGUUUAAGAGACAGACAGGCACUGAUUUAAAGCGGUCAGCAGAACCUCGCUGUCUUUGUUCAUUCAUCCACCUCCUAGCUAUGUGACUAUAGGCAUUGCUGUUAGUGGCCCAGGCAAUUCCUGUUUUCCAAUCCAUCUCCAUCUUCCAUCUCCCACAAAGGCAGACUAUUAACAACUAUACAGGAAUGCAUUCUUGAAGUUUUAGCCAAAGUCAUGUUACCUAGAGAUGGCUAUACCCCCUCUUGCUGGGAGCAAGUCACUAAUGUUUGACUGGUGUGUUGUGGAGGAGAGUGAGCUGGGGGGUGAUGGGGAAUGGCUCAGUUUCCAUGCCUCUGCACAGGUGACUUCACAGUACAAUGUCUAAUCAUGGCUCCUCCUGAAAUUAGCCUAGAUCCGAACUCCUAAAAAAAUUGCCUAUAUGUUUCUCCUCAUACUUUUCUCCUCCUGUCAUUGUGGUCAUUGCUUUUGCCACCACAUCAUCAGUAAAUGAAUCCCAGCUCAACUUUUGCUUCUAGGACACUCAGAUGGUUAGAUGUGCAUUCAUGUCUUAUUCUAUUUACAUAAUAUUUAGUAUGACCAGCCUAUAGACAUCAUUUUUCUAGUUAAAUACAGAGUAGAAAACAAGUCUAUCUUAUUGGUUAUCAUAUAGAAGGAUUAAUUAUUAUAACAGAUGAAAUUAUUAUCAAGUAACUCUUUUUUUUUUUGGAUUUUUAGACUACCAUCAAAACCCCAUCAAUGUAGUUUGGAAUGUUGGAACAUGCCUACAAUCCCAGCAUGUGUGAGUUUGAGGCAAUGGGAUCACUAGUUCAAAGCCAGCAGGAGCUACAUAGGGAGACCCCAUCUCAGGAAAGAAAAAAAGCAUUAUUACAUCAUUGUAAAACUUCAGGUUCCAGUUCACAAAAUAUUUCCGGGUCCUAUAGAGAAAAUUGCAUUGCUUUGAUUUAUUUCUGUCCCACUGUACAGUAAUCCUAUUCAUUUGCAAUGUUCCUUUCAGGGUCAGUACAGGGCUGAGCCUUCCUCUCGAGUCAACCUUGUGGUACUUUGCAUUGUGCUUGCCAAGGUAGGAGGUAGACAGAAAGUACUUGUUUGCGGCUUGGAUGAUGAAUCUUGUCUAGUUGUCAAUCUAAUGUGAAAAUUCUCUCCAUCACAUCCCAGUCUCACAGUGUGGCCUCCCCCUGGGAGUCCUUUAUUUGGUCCAGGAACUGCUAGGCACUUAACAAUAUGGUGUUUUAUUCAGUCCUCGAAAACCCCCGGGGAAAUAACCAAGCUGAGUCCUAUGUGUUUGCUUAUUAACAUAUCACCAGCAAAUAGUACAAUACUUGAUGUUGGAGUUGCAAAUGUUUAUAAACUAAACAAAUCCUUUUUCUGUCCAGCCUCCUUCUACCCUGCUAUACUCUUCUGCCUCUUGAAUAUUAAACUAACUGAUAAUUCAGUAUUCUCCUAGGCAACCCAUUAUGUUUUCAAACCGACCAUGGACAUUCAUACUUUCUAGACUUAUAUUCUCUAGCUUUUGCCUAUAGAUCCACUAAUGAAUAUUUCUUAAAUCCCAAAUAUCUGGGUUUAAAAGUUUUAAUAUUUAUUUAUUUGUGCAUUUUCUUAUCCAUUUACUGUGUGGGUGAGUAUGCAAUGUCACAUUUCCUAUUUGGAGGUCAGAAGACAAUUUGUGGGAGUCAGCUCUCUCUUUCUACCAUGUAGUUUCUGGGGAAUGAACUCUAAUCUUCAUACUUGGGGGCAAACAUCCUUAAACAUUAAGCCAUUUCAUCAGUCAAAAUUUAGAGCUUUAUAGUAGCCUUGUUUAUAGUUAAAUGAAUUUGGACAAAUUCCUUUAUUUCUCUGAAUUUCCAGUAGGAGAAAUAAUGCCUUUCCCACAAUGUCUCUGAGUAAUACUUGAAUAAUGGAUAAUUGAACACUUUUGAAGUCAUAAUUCCAUAAGCAUUAGGUAAAUCAUAUUUCAGUCUUUGUAGCAACUGACAGGCCUUUGUUGCCAUUAACCUUGUUUAUGCAUGAGGAAACCAGAGGACAGUGAUGGCAUUUGCCUAGACUCCUGUCUAGUAAGAAAGAACUAUAGCUCACGCCUUGGUAGUCUCUUGGGCUCCAGAACUUUCCCUUGGAUAGUCUCUAGGACACUUAAUCUCCAGAACUCUCCACUGGGUGGUCUCUAGGAUACUUGAUCUUCAGAACUCUCCCCUGGGUCGUCUAUAGCACACUUGAUCUCCAGAACUCUCCCCUGGUGGUCUCUAGUACACUUGAUCUCUAGAUCUCCAGAACUCUCCCCUGGUGGUCCGUAGCACAUUUGAUCUCCAGAACUCUCCCCUAGGUGGUCUCUAGAACACGCUUGAUCUCCAGGCUUCAUUCCAAAGAAGAAGAAGAGAGAUCCUUUGUCAGUGACAAAAGUAAGUGCAAAGAAGUCAAAGAGCUUGAAGAGCUCAAGACAAAUACCACUCAAAAGUCUCUUUUAGAAAGAAUUUUAGAAUGGCCCCAAGACACCCACCCCAUUGGUGUAUAUUUCUUGUUUAGCAACCUCCCCUCACAUCUCAGUAAUAUUUGAAAAGAUGUGCAAUUUAUUAUCUUAACUCUAUGUGGCAAAAGUAAUGGGAUGUGAUUAAGUAGACUAGUUCAGAAAUAGAGGGAGUAGGAGAUAAAGGACAGAGAGAUCAAUAUCACUGGCUUUGCCUUCAAUGCAUAACUAGACUCUGAGAAAUGAUAUAAUAAAGGACUGUUGUAAAUAGUAGUCUCUAAGAAUAUUUCUAGAAACAUUCAGCAGGGGUGUUUGCAAAAUUCUCAUUUUUCCAACAAUGGCAGGGAAAAAGAUACUUAUUAGAAAAUGUUCUGGCUAUAACCUUGUUUGCUUCUGGGAAGACUACCCCAGGGUAGGCUUGGAUUCCGGAGUCGCACUGAGCUAAUAGAUGUGUCUUGUUUUAACCUGCUAGUAUCUAGUAACAUUCUUACUUUUAUGUCAAUACAAAGUUGAGUCAAUUUUUCUAGUCCAUGCAAAUGGCUUAUGCUCUCUAUAUCAUCCUUCAAAACAAACAAAAUCCAUGUUUUUGUUGUUGUUACCAAAUAAAUAUAUGUACAUCAUAUAAUAACCAAAGUCUUCAUUUAUGAGUACUCACACAAAUUAUUGACAGCAUUCAUGCUUAUAUCCUUCUGAUUUUUUUCAACAUGAGACCCACACCACCUUGCGCUGUAUUUUUAUAUCUUUGAUCUUAUCACUCCCUGCCUAAUACAGGCAUGUGGCUCCAUACACUGCCUAUAGAAGCUAGUAUCUCAUCCAUGUCUUGAUAUAGAGCAGAAGUCCAGAUAGAAGUUUCCAGUUAAAGCGAAGUCCAGAUAGAAGUUUCCAGUUAAAGCUGUGCUUCUUGAUUAGUAGUGUUUUGGAAGUGAAGGUAGUUUCAGACUGACCUGGUUUACUUUCUAUUCACCUCUCUGUAGCAAGACACACUGACUCAGUGGCAAAUGCCCAAUCUCAUAGACCCGGGAAGUUAGAGGAGAGUAACUGGACACAUCUGACCUCACAGAGCCUCUCAUGUAAUCAGAUGUUGGCAACGAAAGAAAACACCCUCCUCUCCCCCAGCUCUCUCUCCCUCCCUUUCUUCCUCUUUCCAUUUUGCCAACUUGGGUGUGUCCAUAGCAUGACAGAACUAGGAUAAAAGGCAGACAUCACCUGUGGUUGGCUUGUUCUAGAGAGCUCCAAAAGAGAAAGUUAACAGACAAUGAAGCGAACAUGUCGUGACAUUCUGCUGUUCCAAAACUAGCAGCUGGGAUUCCGUAAGGGAAAGGACCAUACAAGGGGCUAAAUAAUAGGAGGUGUUGUUCAUGGGGGUCCAUUUAGAGAGGCUACCUGCUUAUUUGCCUACUACACAUUCUUUAACAAUAAAAUGGACAGCACACCUGCUUAGUGGAUCAUUGGUCAUACUUUAAGGGGGGAUUAAUAUAGGUUUAAGCUUUCAUGAUAUCAAAGUCCAUUACACUAAUGCAUGUUAUUAUAAGUCCUUGUGCCUCCUAUGUAAUUUCAGCAAUUUUGACCUCAGUCAUUUGACUCUUUUCAACCCAAUCCUUUGAUGAUAUUGAUGGUGAUUAAGUGAUUUUACAUAAAUCCAUCCACAACACCGAUAGAAUGCAGGCUUGUUGCUAUGUUGCUUCUUCUGCAAUUUUGCUGUGUGAUUCCACAGAGCCAUUUAAAGAACAGACACACUUAAAACAAAUUGCAGGUUGAAAGCUCCUUGGGAAACUGUGCUAUAUGGAAGAACACAGCCUGGCAGACCUACCACACUUCUUAGACAAUUUGUCAAACACUAAAAAGUGUUGCUGAGACUUUUAACACUGGAUAUUAAAAGCUAUGUAUGGCAUUCAAACGCGAAUGCAUGGCAGGUUCUAUUUCCAGCUUCCCAAUUUGGAAGUUCUAUCUUUAGCAGCAAUUUACAUUUUCCACACAAUUAAAGACUACCUAAUUCUGAUUUGCUCUUCAAGUAUACAAUUCAUCUGUAAUUUACAUCUUUUAUUUAUCUGUUAAUCCCCUCAGAAACACACAGCCACACACACGCACAAAAAAGAAAAUGCCAGGUUUUAAAUGUUGGCAAAAGAACUUAGAAACUGAGUGGUACUAGAAAAUAUGGACUAAGCAUCUCAGAGGAUCAGUUUGCCGGCAUGUUGAACAAAAAUUAGAAAUGACUCUAGCUCUUAAAGCCUACAAGCAUAUCCAGGAACACAGGUACAUCCAGCAUUUAUAUACUUAAUAGUAUUUAACAUACUUUCCAUCUAAAUGGUCCUUCAGUAGCAAUUUACAACUGGCAAUAUAGCAUUCCUUCAGCCAUAACUGAAACACCCUAAACACCAACAACAAUACAUCUAAAUUUUAUUUUUAAAAUGAACUGCGUCUCUACAUAUGCAUAGUCACAGAGAUUGAAUUAAGGUUCUGGGUAGUUGUGAUAUAGUCAGAAAAUGCAUACUAUAUUUUGGUCUCAUCUCUUUCUUGACUAGGAGUUUCUAAACUUUUGGAUUUCUUAAGUAUUAAGAAAAAUAAAGGAAAAACCUUUGGUUAAUCAUAAAAGGUCAUUCUUUAGUGUGUGCCAAUGAAAAGUCUUUGCAUUGGACAAUGAUAGGAUAGAAUACAGUUACCAGAGGGGCCAGCCUUGUCACUAGAAGUUGUGAGUUUCCUCCCACUACCACUACUUUGGCCUUCUAGGUUACAGACAGCAGGCAAUGAAGGUUGAAUUAUAUGUUCAACAAUUUAAUUAACUGGAGUCUCCUGAGCAAAACUUCUGUAACAGUAUAAAAAAAUUGACCCAAGCAAAUAGAAUCUCGAGAGGCCCUGAGCUCAUGGAGAUGUGAAAGCCUUGGGUGGGACUUGCAACAAUUACAUGGAAGCUUCUUGACCCUAUGUCAUUCCUUUCUUUGCCUGUUCCCAAACUGUAUCGUUGGUAAUAAACUGUUAAUC